AUACGCCCGUACAAUAACCAUGGGAAACGCACCAUCAGGCAUGCCUCCUACCCAACCCCAAGGCCAGGAUAACAAGGACAAAAAAGCCGAGCCGCCAAAGAAGAAAUGGGAGCCGCCUCUCCCGACUCGUGUUGGCAAGAAGAAAAGACGCGGACCAGCAACCGCCUCUAAGCUUCCCCCCGUCUUCCCCGCUACACGGUGUAGGCUACGUCUACUCAAGAUGGAGCGUAUCAAAGACUACCUACUCCUGGAGGAGGAAUUCAUUCAUAAUCAAGAGCGCAUGAAGCCCGAGUCGUCUCGCGAGGAGAAGAACCAGGAUGAGAGGUCUAAGGUGGAUGAUAUUAGAGGGACGCCGAUGAUGGUGGGCACGCUGGAGGAGAUUAUCGAUGACGACCACGCUAUCAUUAGUACCGCUAGUGGCCCGGAGUCGUACGUUUCGAUCAUGAGCUUCGUCGACAAGGAUCGGAUCGAGCCCGGGUGCUCAGUAUUACUCAACCACAAGAACCAGGCAGUAGUCGGCGUACUGGAGGACGAUACCGAUCCUCUCGUCAGUGUCAUGAAAUUAGACAAAGCUCCGACGGAGAGCUACGCUGAUAUCGGUGGUCUUGAGAACCAGAUCCAAGAAAUCAAAGAAUCCGUCGAACUUCCGCUGACACAUCCAGAGUUAUACGAGGAGAUGGGAAUCAAGCCACCGAAGGGUGUGAUUCUUUACGGUGUUCCUGGAACAGGAAAGACCCUCCUCGCUAAGGCAGUCGCAAAUCAAACGUCAGCAACGUUCUUGCGCGUGGUCGGUUCCGAGCUUAUCCAGAAGUAUCUUGGUGACGGUCCCAAGCUCGUUCGCGAACUUUUCCGCGUAGCGGAAGAACACGCCCCCAGUAUCGUCUUCAUCGACGAAAUCGAUGCUAUAGGUACCAAACGGUAUGAUUCAACUUCAGGCGGUGAACGUGAAAUUCAACGAACGAUGUUGGAACUACUCAACCAGCUUGAUGGUUUCGACACUCGUGGCGACGUGAAGGUCAUCAUGGCCACGAAUAAGAUCGAGACACUAGAUCCCGCACUUAUUCGACCAGGUCGUAUAGACCGAAAGAUCGAGUUCCCGCUGCCAGACGUAAAGACCAAGCGGCAUAUCUUCCGAUUACACACUUCACGCAUGAGCCUAAACGAAGAUGUCGACCUCGAGGAAUUCAUCAUGGCCAAGGAUGAUCUUUCAGGUGCUGAUAUCAAGGCUGUCUGCACGGAGGCUGGUAUGUUGGCUUUGCGAGAGCGUCGGAUGCGGGUGACAAAAGCGGACUUUACUGCUGCGAGGGAGAAGGUUUUGUACAGGAAGAACGAGGGCACCCCCGAGGGCCUGUAUCUGUAGAAUUAUCUUGUCGAUCGUCAAUUCGCAUUUCCAUACACUAUCAUUUGUGCCCUUCUGUCUACGCAGCUUACGACUGUCCGAAUUAUGUGAGCAUGAUGGAAAGGAACAUUUCUAUGAAAUAUCUACUCGAUCGCCAAAAUGACACCGUAGUCUACUGAACCUCGGGUUUGGGAUGGGUUCCGUUCUUUCUGGAUGCGCCGCCAUUCACUCAUGUCAGAAUCGAAAUAACUGUCCAAAAAGCAUGUCACAUCGAUCGCAUCAGUUUGUCCACCCUCCGGCAACAUCCACAGGUAUCCUCUAUCAGCAGAACGUCUCUUGGAAAUUGGGAUGAGCUCGUCAAACCU